AUGUUACAGGAAAAGCAUGACAGAUGGCCGUCGGGCAGACAAGAAUUGGGCGAAAUAGACAAGAGGUUUCUCACUGCGUCGCCCGCUCGAGUGAUGGUUACCUGUGCUCAUCAUGUGUGGAUGGCACUUGAGAAUGGGGUUGAAGUACACAAUGCGCGCACAACCGAACUUGUAAAAAAAUGGAAUGUGGAGCCGUCAGGAGAAAAAAAGGGUAGUAGCACUUUGUCGCUGAUUGCUGUGACAACACAGAGCAAGGGACCGCAGGUUUGGAUGGGCCUCUCGAGCGGCAGUGUUGAGGUGUAUGACGCCCGGUCCUUUGCUCUAGUGCGGCAGAUGAAUAAGCACGCUGGCGGUGUGUACUGCCUUUCGGAGUUCGGUGGCUACGUGUACUCUGGAGGUAGCGACUUUAAAAUUGCGCAAUGGGGUGCAGAAGACGGGAGACUUAUUCGGGUGCUGCACGGGCAUACCAACUACGUUCGUUGCCUGUACGCGGAGGGCAACGCAGUUGUGAGCGGCUCCGACGACUGCACCGUGCGGGUGUGGGAUGCGGGGAGUGGUGAGGCGCAGUUGACCGGUCACUUCCACGGUCGCGCGGGCGUCUCUGCGUUGUGCCGUGUUGGCGUGACGAUGUGGUCGGGUGACAAUGACGGGCGAGUUAUUGCCUGGAAGCUGAACACGUGUGAGGCAUUGCGCGUGCUGCACGCGCACGGUGGUCGCGUUGCCUCCCUGCGAAAGAUCGGCUCCCGUGUAUACUCCGGUGGGGCCGAUGGCAUCAUUGCCGUGUUUGACGCGGAGGACUGUCAGCUGGUACAGCGGAUCGAGGAUCACCGGGGCGCUCGCAUCACUGCCCUUGUCGGACCAGCCGAGCUGCGUCGAUUCUGUAUCUGGUCGUGUGGCACUGACAACAGGAUACGCUGCUGGUACCAGGACGAGUAUGUCCCAAUGACCGACGACCAGGAGAAGUUCGCGGAGGGCUUUUGGUACCUUACAGGUUCGACCCCUUACCGCGAGUUUCGCGAGAGCGUGUUGAGGCAGAAUAAGUUCUUACGUGAUAAGUUGAUUGUGUCAGAGAAGCAAAGUACGCGUAUGUUAGAUCUUUUGAAUUAUGCCAACGCGUCACUUACUCCGAACCACAUGCAGAAGCGCGAGGCGAGUACCAUGGAGGAAUAUCAGCUUGCCAAGGAGCGGCUGGAAUCCGUCGAGAAUGAACUGCAAAUGUCCAAGGAAAGGCUGAAAGAUAUUGAUAAUGAGACGCGUACUGUGUUGGAGCUUCUUCGUGUGGCUCGGGCAGAACUAGGCGUGUUGGAUUUUCCAGCACUCCAGUCCCUCUCAGGGACGAAAAGCAACGUGGCCCCCGGGGUACCCGGUGCGAAUACAGUUCAGCUCUCACCUCCGGUAACAACAGGCACAAAAGUCUCGGCUGCUACUUUGCCGCCGUGGGGUUCAUUUGCCCCUGGGGUAGUCCGCUUGCUACCGGUUUUACGAGAAGGUGUCUCAGGUGUUGGAGUAGAUGCAGCCCCGAAUAGAUUGGCCACAAAUGCAUUUUCUUCUUCAUCUCCUGCCCCCACUUACGGCGUCAAAGCCCCGUCGUUUUCUGCGGGCCUCGGGAAACAAGCACAGCCAAUGGGAAGCACGGGUGUGACCACGGCGGCGACACAGCCAUUCGCAGCCACAACACAGCCGUUGGGAGGCACAGGUGUGACCACGGCAGCGACACAGCCAUUCUCGGCCACAACACAGCCGUUGGGAGGCACGGGUGUGACCACGGCGGCGACACAGCCAUUCUCGGCCACAACACAGCCGUUGGGAGGCACAGGUGUGACCACGGCAGCGACACAGCCAUUCGCAGCCACAACACAGCCGUUGGGAGGCACAGGUGUGACCACGGCAGCGACACAGCCAUUCUCGGCCACAACACAGCCGUUGGGAGGCACGGGUGUGACCACGGCAGCGACACAGCCAUUCGCAGCCACAACACAGCCGUUGGGAGGCACAGGUGUGACCACGGCGGCGACACAGCCAUUCUCGGCCACAACACAGCCGUUGGGAGGCACAGGUGUGACCACGGCAGCGACACAGCCAUUCGCAGCCACAACACAGCCGUUGGGAGGCACAGGUGUGACCACGGCAGCGACACAGCCAUUCUCGGCCACAACACAGCCGUUGGGAGGCACGGGUGUGACCACGGCAGCGACACAGCCAUUCGCAGCCACAACACAGCCGUUGGGAGGCACGGGUGUGGCCCCGGCUAGCUCUGUUUCUACUUCUGGUAUUCAAGCUGUUCAAUUUUCCACUUCCCCGCCAGAGCAUAAAGAUGACCUUCUUGAGGCGUUGGCUCGGGCUGGUGCUGUCGAGGGUGCUAGAUCUUGGAAGGGUGUAGAGUGGACCAAUAAGAAUGUGGGCCACUAUAUUCAGCGGCGCUUCUACGGCGGGGAGCCAAGUCUUCGUGCACCAGACCUUGAAAAGCGAAGGAGACGGGGAAAAAGACUACCCAAAAUCCGGCUGGUUCCGCUGAGCGAGAAAAGGUGUCCCGGGGAGAUGAGCCCAACAUCGCCAUAG